AUGUUGACAACUUCUCCGACCACCACUACUUCAUUUUUUUCAGCAAUAUAUCAAUUACUAGUUUUGUUGAUAAAUAGUUACUUAUCAAACUUCAAAAUUGAACAUUGGAUUUUAAUUCUAGCCACAAAAGUUCAUCAAUGACUUCCAUUGACCAAAACAACUCAAGAAACCAUAGCAGUAACCAACAAAACCAAGUGGCGAUGGUUGUAGUACCUUUCCCAGCACAAGGCCAUCUGAACCAGCUUCUACACCUCAUCUUAUCAAACAACAUACCUGUCCAUUAUGUUGGCACUUCCACACACAACCGUCAAGCCACCAUUCGAGUUCAUGGUUGGGAUCCAAACUCCAUUUCAAACAUUCAUUUCCAUAACUUCAAAGUUCCUCCCUUUGUUUCACAUCCUCCUACUCCAAAUUCAGAAAUCAAAUUCCCUUCUCAUUUGGUUCCUUCUUUCGUGGCCUCUACACAUCUUCGUCAGCCUGUAGCUGAACUCAUGCAAUCACUCUCAUCUGUUUUCAAAAGGGUCAUUGUGAUCCAUGACGGCUUAAUGGCAUCAGUCGUACAAGAUGCUACAAAAAUAGCAAAUGUUGAGAAUUACUUAUUUAUGAGCACUUGUGCUUUUACAUAUUUCUUCCACAUAUGGGAGAAAGUGGGAAAAUUUAUUCCAAUAGAAAGCUCACAUAUCAUAGAUACUCCUUCUUUGGAAGGAUGCUUCACAACUGAAUUCAUUGAUUUCAUUACUGCACAAGUUGAAUUCUAUGAAUUCAGUGAUGGGACCUUCUACAAUACAAGCAGAGCAAUUGAAAGUCCUUACUUGGAGUUGAUAGAGAAAAUCAUUAGCAGUAAGAAGCAUUGGGCAAUAGGGCCUUUCAACCCUUUAACCAUUGAGAAGAAAGAUUCAAAGGGUAGGCAUUCAUGCAUUGAAUGCUAUUCGUAUUUCGAUGGAAGAAGGUGGAGUUUCUCGUAUUGAAAUGGAUUCUUUCAUCGCGCAUAUCACUAGAUAGUUGCUGCGAUGUUUUUAUUUUUUGGAUAGGCAAAUGUGGUAGGACACAAUAGGUGGUUUUAAGUAGUAUUUAAGAAUAUGAUUUAGGGUUUGAGAAGUAAGGAAUGAGAAUAGUUUUCUAUUAAGGUCGGUCAGAGUAGGAUUCCUCUCAGAGUUGUGUCGGAGCUUUGCUAUGGGAGUAGUUAGAGUAACCCUCUACUACUAUUUACGUUUAUUAUCAAUAAAACACCCUAUUAAUAUAUUUCUAUCCGUUUUCUUGGUGGUGUUCCACUUUGCGGUUGCUAGACUCAUUGGUUUCUACCAAAAUGUUCGUAAAUCAUUUGUUAUGUUAGUUUCCUGUUUAAUCUUUUAAGGAGGAGGAUUAUUGAUGAUUUUAGUGGCAAAAAAUUUGCUAUUAUUUGUGUUGUCACGAAUAUCAAGGCCUAACUCAUCCUUACAAAACCGAUUUGUAAGGUGAGCAUUAUCUCCUCUUUAUAAACUCUUCUCAAGAGUCCUAUCUAUUUGUGUCCCUCCUUAUUUGUGUCCGCUUUUGUGCUCCUCAAGUUCUUUAGGUGAACUGUCAUAACAGUUUGGUCUCGUUUUAGUUAGGAUUCGUUUCACUUUGUAAAUGCAAUUAGUUAAGUUGAUUCUAGUCCUUAUAGUAUAUCACUAUGAGAUAAUUUAAUUGUAUCUAACGGAUUUGUGUGUAAUAAAAUUUUCUCUCUAUGUCACUAUGUGCCUAAAUUUUGAGCUUGCUUAAUCAAUUCCUAUGCCUAUUUUCUACUUCCUGUGCUCAUUUUUUGUAACAAUGUAGCUUGAGUUUCUCUUUUCAUAUUGUGUCAGUCGCGAAUUCAAGGGGCUCAACCAUUAUUAGUGCACAGUUUUACCUUCACAAAUCUCCAAUUUUGCAAUUCCUCAGUGUCUUCGCAUUAUUUUCUCAAAGAUUUCUAAUCUUUUCCUGUGUUGAAAGAUAUACACCAAUAUCUCAAACAAAGGCCAUCAAAAUGAUAUCAUGAAUCCGUAUUUCAUGCAUCCAAUGUCAGCACUAAUGUGGAAAGAUAUACACCAAUAUGUUUAAGCAGUGACCAUGACUUUUAUUAACCGUUAUUGCAAAUGACACAGUCAAAGACAAUUUUCGUUGAAAUUUGGAUAGCAUUUUUGAAAUCAAAUGGUGUUAGUGAUGAUUUAAGAACAAAAACUUUAUCACCAGUUUCUUCCUUAAGGUUUUGUAUAUGGCUAGGUAUAGUUAAUCCAAUACUAGGAUCCACCCCAAAAUUGGGCAUCGAACCCGUGGGAACAAUGCUCUAGGACCACAAAAGAGGAAGACACCACAUCUCCAUUCAAAAUCUUAAGGUGUUAGGUAUACGAGGCAUCUCUCUUAUAUAUCAAAUAUUCAUCUUAUUUAUAGUUGAUGUGAGAAUUAACCACUCACCCAAUAAAAUGUAACUUAGUAUAUUUAAAGAGAUUAAAAAAUAUUUAACUCUUAUAUUAUUAUAAGAAAAGAAAGUGUCAAAAAAAGAAAAGAAAGUCUAUCAUCACCAAUUCACCAUACAUAUCUUUUUUUUUUUAAUUGACAAACACUAGACAUAUCUAUUAUACGUUACAAUCAAUGUUAUCUAUUAUACGUUACAAUCAAUGAUAAUUUUUCUAUAAAUAUUAUCCUCCACAACACUCAUAUAUAGUUACUUAACUUAUCCAGCUUCAAAGUUAAAUAUUAGAUUCUAGCGACAAAAGUUCAUCAAUGGCUUCCAAUGACCAAAGCAACUCAAAAAGCCAUAGCAGCAAUCAAAACCAAGUAGUGGUGGUUGCAGUACCUUUCCCAGCACAAGGCCAUCUAAACCAGCUUCUACACCUCUCACGCCUCAUCUUAUCACACAACAUACCUGUCCAUUAUGUUGGCACUUCCACACACAACCGUCAAGCAACCGAUCGAGUUCAAGGUUGUGAUCCAAACUCCAUUUCAAACAUUCAUUUCCAUAACUUCAAAGUUCCUUCCUUUGUUUCACCACCUCCUACUCCAAAUUCAGAAACCAAAUUCCCUUCUCAUUUGGUUCCUUCUUUUGAGGCGUCGACACAUCUUCGUCAGCCUGUCGCGGAACUCAUGCAAUCACUCUCAUCUGUUUUCAAAAGGGUCAUUGUGAUCCAUGACAGUCUAAUGGCAUCUGUUGUACAAGAUGCUACAAAAAUAGCAAAUGUUGAGAAUUACUUAUUUAUGAGCACUUGUGCUUUUACAUAUUUCUUCCACAUAUGGGAGAAAGUGGGAAAAUUUAUUCCAAUAGAAAGCUCACAUAUCAUAGAUACUCCUUCUUUGGAAGGAUGCUUCACAACUGAAUUCAUUGAUUUCAUUACUACACAAGAUGAAUUCUAUGAACUCAAUGAUGGGACUAUCUUCAAUACAAGCAGAGCUAUUGAAAGUCCUUACUUGGAGUUGAUAGAGAAAACCAUUAGCAGUAAGAAGCAUUGGGCACUUGGGCCUUUCCACCCUUUAACCAUUGAGAAGAAUGGUUCAAAGGAUAAGCACUCAUGCAUUGAAUGGCUUGAUAAACAAGAGGCAAAAUCAGUUAUUUAUGUAUCGUUUGGAACAACAACAACUUUGACAGAAAAAGAAGUUGAACAGAUUGCUAUUGGGUUGGAAAAAAGCAAGAAAAAAUUCAUCUGGGUGUUAAGAGAUGCUGAUAAAGGAGACAUCUUUGAUGAAAAUGGAGUGAAAAGACAUGUACUUCCAAAAGGGUUUGAUGAGAGAGUUGAAGGUAUGGGGUUAGUUGUAAGGGAUUGGGCACCCCAAUUGGAAAUUCUAAGCCAUCCUUCAACAGGUGGGUUUAUGAGUCAUUGUGGAUGGAACUCUACCUUAGAGAGCAUUUCAAUGGGGGUGCCAAUAGCAGCUUGGCCUAUGCAUUCUGACCAGCCAAGAAACUGUGUUCUUAUAACACAAGUGUUGAAGAUUGGUUUGGUUGUGAAGGAAUGGGCUAAAAGAAAUGAGUUAGUAGCUGUUUCAGAUAUCGAGAAUGCUGUUAGAACUUUGAUGGAAACAAAGGAAGGUGAUGAGAUGCGAGAGAGAGCAACGAACCUUAAAAAUGCUAUUCGUAUUUCUAAGGAAGAAGGUGGAGUCUCUCGUAUUGAAAUGGAUUCUUUCAUCGCCCAUAUCACUAGAUAGUUGCCGCGAUGUUUUUAUUCUUUUGGAUGGGCAAAUGUUAGUAAAUUUGUUGUUAUGCUAGUUUCCUUUUUAAUCUUUUAAGGAGGAGGAUUAUUGAUGAUUUUAGUGGCAAAAGUAUGUGUGCUGUUUUUCCAUUUAUGCAAAGAUUUCUAAGGAUAUAAAUGUUGUUUUUAAGAUGAUUGAUUUUAUCAUUCAAAAAUAGUUAGCGGUGCA